AUUCAUUAUCAUAAUUGAAAAGUUGUUGAUAACAAUGUACACUCUUAAAUUCAAUUGGGUUUUUGCAUCUAUUCUUCUUCUUUUUACUUUUACAUUGUUCCCAAUAGCUACAUGUCAUUUGCCACAAUGUUCAUUUGAAGGGAUAAACUUGGAGAAAUGCAUGGAUCCAGACAAAAAUCAAGCUUCUUUUGAUUCUUGUUGCAAUGCACUCAAUCAAGUGAUUCAAGCAGGAUAUUAUUGCUUGUGUGCAAUAUUAGGCUCUUCAAGUCCUCUUAUAACAAACUCACUUGUGCUACCUUUUUCUAAUUGCUUCAUUUCAAUACCUCCAUUGACACAUUGUCAAGAACCUAAAGCAAAGGUUAGUCCAGUACAAGAAAUGAGGCCACCACCAAGUAGACCAAUACCAAUUUUUUGGCAUCCAAAAUCACCAAAUGAACCACCACCAUUACCACUACCAUCAGUACCAAAGGACUUAGUGUUGCCAUUGCCACCAAACAUGGAUGAUAUUCCAGUUCUGAAUUCAGCUAGACAUGAUAAUGUUACAAUUUAUUCACUUUUUCCAGAAUUUAAAAAUCCUAUGGCUGGAUAUUUAACAUCAUUAGGUGGAGAAAGCAAGAAAAUUUUGUUGUAUGCUAAACUUCACCUUUUGCUCAUAGUGACAAUAUUUUAUGUAAUGCUUAUGAACUGAUAUGAUGAUUGCAUG